AAGAUGUCGCGCUGCAGCAAGUGUACGGCAGUUAGCAGCAGCAACUAUAUGCUGCUCGAUGACAGCAGUUUUUCGCGUGCGUGAUGGGGGCGGGAAUGCAUGUACCUUCUAUAUCGACGAAUAUCAUGGGUCGAGAGACGGACACCUGCUAACCUUUCUGGGACGCCUUGGCGAUUGUAGCCCCGAAGACUGCCCAAUCGCCACAAAUUUUUUUCAUGAUAACGAGAACGGGGACAAUGAUCAAUUUGCGGAAAUUCAUAGAUAUCGGUGCUAACUUAACGGAUUCCAUGUACCAAGGGAUUUACAAUGGCUCGCAGAAACACCAGCCGGACCUCGACAAAGUUUUGGAGCGCAGCUGGAAUAACAAUCUGUCAAAAAUCAUCAUCACUGCUGGCAGUCUUGAGGAGAGUAAAAAAGCCUUAGAAAUAGCGAAAACCGAUGACAGAUUAUUUUCCACGGUGGGCUGUCAUCCAACAAGAUGCAACGAGUUCGAGGAGUCCGGAGAUCCAGAAGCGUAUCUGGACUCUCUGUGCGAAUUGGCUCUCAAUAACAAAAAUAAAAUCAUAGCAAUAGGCGAAAUGGGUCUUGACUAUGACAGACUGCAGUUUUGCUCCAAAGAAACACAAAAGAAGUACUUCGAGAUGCAGCUGUCUCUGUGCUCGACUCUCAAACUUCCUAUGUUCUUACAUUGUCGAAAUGCAGCCGAAGAUUUUGUACGUAUACUCAGGGAACAUAAGGAUAGGUUAACGGCCGGUGUUGUUCAUUCUUUUGAUGGUAAUACUGAAGAUGCCUACAGUAUGUUACAAUUAGGACUUUACAUUGGAAUCAAUGGAUGCUCUCUUAAGACUGAAGAAAAUCUUUUUGUUGUGACGACAAUACCAUCAGACAGACUUGUUAUAGAAACAGAUUGUCCAUGGUGUGAAGUUAGGCCAACACAUGCCUCAGCCAAAGAUGUAGUAACACAGUUUCCUUCAGUAAAGAAGGAAAAGUGGCAACCUGAUCGAAUGGUUAAAGGACGAAACGAGCCUUGCAAUAUUGUUCAAAUAUUGGAAAUAUUAGCAAGUGUAAGAGAUGAGGAGGAGGAAUAUCUUUGUAAUCAAAUAUACAAGAACACGAUGAAACUCUUUUUUCCAUACGAAUUGUAACCUGCAUUCACACAAUCAACCAUGAAGCAGACAUCUAUUCUGUACAAUGAAAAGUGCAUCUUAUUGUAUACAAAUGAAACGUGCAUUAUGAAAAACUGAAUUUACACUGAAAGUGAUACGGAACACAAAGUAUUGACUUCAUAGAAGUGCUUUUGCAAUUAGAAGAUGAUUUGUACAUCAUCAUAUGCGAUAAGUCGUGCCGACGUGAAUUGUAAGCCUCAAUAUACUUGAAGGAUCUCUUUCGAUGUAAUUUCCUGAUAUAUUAUUGUUAUUUGAGUUUUAUUGUCAUACAUCGGUAAUCAACACAAUUAUUAUAUUAUUAUUAAUAUUAUUUUUUAUUACCAGUAAUAAUACGUAAUUUAAUACCACUCUGUAAUUUUUAAUUUUCCUAUCUUGUUAAGUUAUUCAUUAAGUUUUAAUUUUCUAAAAGCACUGAAAUAAUUAGAAAUAUUUUACACGUUUUUAUACAAAAAAGAAUUAUUUAUUUUACAUUUCUUUCAAUCCAUUUAUAUAAAGAAAACAUCCAUGAUAAUACAAAAAAAAAUUGUCAAAGAGAGUUUCUAUCAUACAUAAUUCCUGUAACAGUCAUACUAAGAUGUCCAAAUCGAAAAUAUUUUGCCAUUUUGUAUCCACCAUCAUAAAGUUAGUAGUUCAGUAACUAAAAAUUUGUUUGCAGAUACUAUUGCAUUAUGUAUCGUAGAUACAAGAUACAUUUUUUUUUAAUAUCACAGGUAAAUGGCCGUUGUAGUCAUGACCGUCAAAAAUAUGCAACAUAAAACUCCUGUUCUAACAAACAAAUGCAUAGAUGUAAAGGAGUUAUGUUGCCAUUGGAAUUCAUAGUUACGAUACUCAAGA